AUGUAUGCCGGCUGCAGCUGUGAUUGUUCAGCAAACCUCUGCGACAACACCACUCCCCUCGUCGCUGCCCCAGCCAUGGGAAAUGCAGGGAGCUGCUGCGCAUCGAGCACAUCUUCGGAGAAGCCAGAGGUUGCCGUGGCCACCGGCACUGCUCCGCCACCCAGCCCUGAGCUGCGCUCUCCUGAGGAAGAAGCUGAGAAGUCCGACAAAGGUCCAAUAACAGAAGAGACAGUCGAGCCUUUGAAGAAGCGGGUUGUGCUCCGCUUUGUGCUGCCAGAUGGUGGAACACAGGACGUUGAGUUCGAGAACAAGCCUUUGGGCAUCGACUUCAGCCGAAGUUUGCCACUCACGGCCAAGCGCUUGAAGCCCGGCAUGCUCGCUGAGAAGAAGGAGGUGAAGAUCGGCUGGCGCGUGACACACAUCAACGAUUCUCCUGUUCCUGCGACCUUCGAUGAAACGCUCAGCAAUCUCCAGCAAGCUGUGUCGGUGCUGCCAACUGCGUGA